UGGAGCGAAAGAGGCGGGACAAGUUGCCGCGGGUUCAGUGCCGCCACUGGAACCGGGAGAUGCGGCGCAGGGGCUGCCGCUGUGUUGGUUUUUAUCCGAGUCUCGUCUCUCACUACGGUUCCUUCUGCGGCUUCGAUCAUGCUGUUACCUUCGGACGUAGCCCGGCUGGUAUUGGGAUACUUACAACAGGAGAACCUUACUUCUACCUGCCAGGCUUUUAUUUUGGAAAGUUCAGACUUAAAAGAAUAUGCAGAACACUGUACAGAUGAAGGUUUUAUCCCAGCCUGCUUACUGUCUUUAUUUGGAAAAAAUUUGACAACAAUUUUGAAUGAAUAUGUAGCUAUGAAAGCAAAAGAAACAUCAAAUGAUGUCCCAGCAAUUAUGUCAUCUCUGUGGAAGAAGUUAGACCAUACACUUUCUCAGAUCAGGAGCAUGCAAAGUUCCCCAGGGUUUGCUGCCAAUCAGAGAGCCCGAACAAGAAAUGGGAUUGCAGAAAUCAAACGGCAGAGAAGGCUUGCAUCUCAAGCAGCUCCUGUCAGUUCAGAGCCUUUACCGUAUCUUUUAGGACAAUUUACCAAUUCUCCUUUGACAGCUACACAAGUUAUUAGGCCAACUGGCCAAAUAUCAGCUCCAUUGAGGUCAGAUUUUGUAGUGGUCAACCAUUCACAGUCACAAGACACUAUGACCACUGGAGAGGCUUUAAAUAAUAAUACUGGUCCUCAGGAAAGGAAAAGUCAUGCCACUUUAAUGUCUCCUGGUAGACGCAAAAGUGAAUCUCAAAGGAAGUCUGGGCCUCAUUCAACAGUACGAAAUUUGCAGGAUCCAAAUGCAUUUGUAGUAGAAAAACAAAUGGUUAUUGAAAAUGCACGAGAAAAGAUACUAAGCAACAAGUCUCUUCAAGAAAAGCUUGCAGAAAACAUUAAUAAAUUUUUGACUAGUGACAAUAGUAUUGCUCAAGUACCUAAGCAAACAGAUAGCAACCCUACUGAACCAGAGACUUCAAUUGAUGAACUCCUGGGACUUCAGAGUGAGAUCCACAUGUCUGAAGAAGCUAUACAGGAUAUAUUGGAGCAGACAGAAUCAGAUCCAGCAUUUCAGGCACUCUUUGAUCUCUUUGACUAUGGUAAAACAAAGAAUAGUAAAAAUAUAUCACAAGGCAUUUGCAGUCAGCAUAUGGAAACCAAUCCCAGUGUAGUCUUAGCAGGUGAAACUAAUCUAGCAGUUAAAGGUACUUUUGAAACAGAAGAAUCUGAUGAUCCAUCUGGUCAACCCUCAUUUUGUACUUCCUAUCAAAAUGGAGACACUUCAAAUGUUUUGAAGAAUGGCAGCAACCAUGAUGAGCUUAGACAGGAAGCCCAGGAACAUUUUUCCCACAUAGACUCUAGCAUCCAGAAAAAGGCCUUUAAAACAGUUGUAUCUACUGAACAGAAGUGUAACCUUGAUAUUACCUUUGAGUCUGUGCCCAGUUUGAGUGACUUUAACGAAAGAGUAAACUCUGAUGCUGAAUGUAAUCAGCAUUGUGCUGAAUUAUACACCAGUCAGAUGUCCACUGAGGCUGAAAUGGCUCUGGAAGUUGAAAAGAAUUCUUUGUCUCCAAGUGUACAGAAUGAAUCUCAAUUACAGCCCGACCAGUCUCCUAUACCAAUAAGUUCAGUUGUUUCCCUUGGUGGUGAAACUCACAGUGAGAACUUAAUUCUUUCUGGAAAAACUUCUCAACUUUUACCCCAAAAUAUUCCAUUAGCUGGAAAGGCAUCUGAAAAAGGUCAGUUUUGUGAAAGUUCUGAUGAUACAAGAAGACUUAAAGCUGAUUUCCCUGAUUCCAAAUCACUAGAUUCUAGAGAAAUUUGUCAGAAUAAAACUGAAAUUAAUAAUGUGUUACCAGUUGCAUCACAGCAACUUGCAGAUUGCCAAGAUAAUUCUUCACUUCAGAUAUUACCUGCAUCUAUUGAAAAUUCAGGUUUAACUGUAUCUGAACAAAAAGUAGAAAUUCACCUUGAAGAUUCAGUAUCUUCAAUUAAACAGCCUUCUAAUGAUUCAUCAUCUGUUGAGCUAACUCAUGCAAUACAUGAAACUCAGUCCUCCAAGUCUGAGAAAACUGCUUUGGAUUCACAAGAGCCUUCAUCUUCUGUAAAAGAAGAUGGAGAUAGUAUUUUUCUCUCUUUAGGUGAAAAUAACUGUGAAGAAGUUACAUUGAUGCCUUCAGAAAGUAAUCCUAUAGAAGAUAGACAUUCUCUUCCUUCAGAAUCUGUGUGUUCUUCAGUGAGGGAGUCUCAUCCCGAGUCCCAGAACACUAAUAAUAAAUCUGCUAAGGACAAACCUACAGAGAUAGAUGCAUCAAAUAUAGUCUCUCUCAAAAUUAUCAUCAGUGAUGAUCCAUUUGUUUCCUCAGAUACCGAACUUAACAGUGCAGUUUCUAGUAUCAGCGGAGAAAACUUGCCAACUAUAAUUUUGUCUUCUCCUGCUAAAUCACCUGCCAGAAAUGCAGAAUUAGUUAAAUGCCUGUCUUCAGAAGAAACCACAGGUGCUGUCUCAUCUGCUGAAGGAACCGGGGAUUCAGCCUCAAUGGAACAGAGCCUUUUAGCACUCAAACCUGAAGACUCUACAGUAAACAACAUGCAGAAUGAAGACAGCAUUGCUCUUUCAACCAAUGUUACGCCAUGCGUUUCCAAGGAUGGAGGAUACAUACAGUUAAUGCCAGCUACGAGCACAACUUUUGGCAAUUCAAGUAAUAUUUUGAUAGCUACUUGUGUAACUGAUCCAACAGCCUUAGGAACAACUGUCAGUCAGUCAAAUGUUGUGGUGUUGCCUGGAAAUUCUGCACCUAUGACUGCUCAACCUCCACUAUCUCAAUUACAGACACCCCCAAGGUCAAAUAGUGUAUUUGCUGUCAAUCAAGCUGUGUCACCCAACUUUUCACAAGGAUCUGCCAUUAUAAUUGCUUCUCCAGUCCAACCGGUACUUCAAGGAAUGGUGGGAAUGAUUCCUGUAUCUGUGGUUGGACAGAAUGGAAAUAGCUUUUCUGCUCCUCCUCGGCAGGUCCUUCAUAUGCCUCUGGCGGCACCUGUAUGCAAUAGAAGUAUCCCUCAAUUCCCUAUCCCUCAAAAAUCUUUGAAGAGUCAGGGACUAAAAAACAAACCUUGUACAGGGAAACAGGUAAAUAAUUUGGUGGAUUCAUCAAGUCACUUAGUUGGAUGUCAUGCACAGCGAACUGAAGUUUCUGACAAGAUUAUGGGCACAGAUCUUGGGAAAAAAUUGGAAGAAACCACAGUUCCCUUCUCAGUAGAAAGUACAGUUCCAGUUAGCAAGCCAUUUGAAAGCCACAGACGUGUGCUCUGUUUUGAUAGCACUGCUUCUCCUGUGGCAAAUACACAGGGGACAAAUCAAAAGUUGGUGUCCCAAAGCAAAGAAAGGAAUGACGUUUCAUUUUCUAACCUUGACUCACCCAUUGUGUCCUCCACCUUAAAACCCCCUUCUAAUAGUUCUGUCAAAAGAGAGCGGGAGAAACCUUCUGUGCCUAAAAUUUUAUCUAAAUCAGAAACUGCCAUUGGCCGACAUGCCACCAUAAAAGAAACUCAGUCAGAAAAGAAAGUUUCACCAACAGAAACUAUACUUGAAUCUUUCCAUAAAGCAACAGCUAAUAAGGAGAAUGAACUGUGCAGUGAUGUGGAAAGGCAGAAAAAUCCAGAAACUUCAAAACUGUCUAAUGGGCAGCAAAAUGGGGGUGUAAGGAAUGAGAAAACUGUAACUUCACUUCAAGAGCUGACCAGAAAACAAGGCACAUCCUCAAACAGUAAAAAUAUCUUUUCAGUCGGUGCACCUGUGAAGGAUUUGAAACAAGAACAAAGCAGGUCUGCCAGUUCUUUGAUUAACCCACUCACCAAACAUCCCACAGAAAUGUUACAAGAUCUUCAGUGGCAUAGCCCAGUAAAUCGGCUCACAGAUAGUACUGAUUUACCUGUACCCCGAACAUCUGUCUCAGGAGCAGGGGAGAAACUUAAAGAAGAACCUACAGAUGGUAUCAAGGUCCCUUCUAGUAGGCGUUUUGGUGAAGACAGCACACCCAAAGUAAUGGUCCCUCCUGUCACGCCAGACUUGCCUGCCUGCAGCCCUGCCAGUGAAACGGGGAGUGAAAACAGUGUGAACAUGGCUGCCCAUACAUUAAUGAUUCUCUCCAGAGCAGCCAUCUCUAGGACUACUUCAUCUACUCCUCUAAAAGACAAUACCCAGCAAUUUAGAGCAUCUUCAAGGAGCACCACAAAAAAGCGGAAAAUUGAGGAAUUAGAUGAGCAUGAGCGAAACUCCCGCGCUUCUAAUAAAAAUCUUGCAAAUUCGUCAGUGCCAAUGAAAAAGAAGAAAAUUAAGAAAAAGAAGCUACCUAGUUCAUUUCCAGCUGGAAUGGAUGUGGACAAAUUUUUGUUAUCAUUGCAUUAUGAUGAGUAAAUAUUCUGAACAUAUAAGAACAGUAGCUAUUUAAAACUACGAUUCCUUAAACUGUGAGUGUAGGGAAUGAGAUACUGACAGAAUCUGAGAGCAUGACCUGCACUUUCUUCCAUUGUAUUGAAAUUUCACUUUAUUUCUAAAUCAUGCUGUUUUAAAGCAGCUUCCUAAUUUGUAAAUAGAUGUACCUGGUAUUGUGGAAAAAACAUUUGCAGAAAUGUAAGUAAAGCCAAUCUGCAAAACUGUAUAGCUUUAACAAUUGCAUCUUGUUAAUAUUGUGUAAAUCUUGUUGAAAUAAGAGGUUAAAUCAGCCUGAUGUUCUUUUAUUUUUUGGUUUCUUAUGAUCUCUAAUUUUGAAACUUAAUCAUCUGGAAUAGUUGCUCACUUUGAGUGGGAAAAUUACACUUUUCCUUAUAAAUUGCCUUCAGUAAUUGUCCUACAAGACAUCUGAAGACAGCCAGUAAUUAGUACAGAAGUGAUAAGGAAUUCAAAUGGUAAUAAAGUAACCAGAAAUUAACAAUUUGGGUUUUUUUUCUAGAGUGAAUACUUUGCCACUCCUUACAAUUGCAGUAAAGAUUGUAUUCCUAAAAUUUUACACUUUGUCUCUUCUGGUUGUUCUGGUCUCUUUGUUUUAAGGAGAGAAUAUUAAUACCAUUUGAACACCAUUCGAGUGUUCUGAUCUUUCAUUUAUAACUUGUAAGAUCUUUUACAAAACUUCAAGCAUUUAGACUAUUGAGCCAUAAAAAGUUUGGUUAUGUAGUAGUUGACAUUUCUUGGUAUGUAUAUACUUCUCCCCUGAAUACUGGGGAUUUAAAGAAUUGCACUAAUUCAUGAACUUUUUACAUAGUAGUGACCAAUGCACAUUUAAUUUAAAUCUUGUGUUCUAUGUUAAAGCUUGUAUGGAGGAUUAUCUUCUGUUGUCCUUUUAGAAAGCCAUGUCCAUCAUAAGAUGUAAAAAGAGAAAUCAUAGUUUUCUAUUUUAAUUUAGUUUCUCCUAAAAUGGGCUGUGUUACACUUGGAUAGAGGAUGUUGUCUCUGUACCCCUUAAAAUAUUAUAGAGUUACUCUCAAAAGGUCCUUAAGGAGAAUGAAAGAGGUGCCUUCUGUAUGUUAGACUCACACACAUUAGCCAAGUUGAAGAAUUGGUUUAAACCUUUAAGUGAGUAUAGAGAUAAUUCGUACGUGACCAGUUGUGCCUAGAUAUUAAAGUAUGUUCUGUUAAAUGCUUUCUGUUUUGUUUAAUAUCAGUGUAUGCAAGGUUUUUUCUGAAAAUGUCUAUAUUUAUAAGUCAUUUUCCUCAACCAUUUUUUUUUUUUAAUACUGGGCCUUUAACAUUCUACUUUAACGCAGCAGUUUUCAAUGUGGAAAUCACAUCUUACUUGCCGAACCUUACUGCAGAAAUUUGUGUUGUAAUAAAUUUUUAUGAUGUGGAAGUGGUCUGUUUCUAAAGAACCAGGGAUAGUUAAUACAGUUAAUGUUUAUUUAACUCAGCUUGAUACUGUACAGUUAGGUUUGAAUAAAUAUUUUCAUUAACUUCAAAA